AUGGACUAUCUCGAGCGCUCCUCUUUCACGGACACGUACGGUCUCUGGACUGUUCAUGUUCAUGUCACCGGACGGCUGUACUGGCGACUCUCCCCUUCCACGCGACAUCGAGGUGUUCGCAUCGUCUCCAAUAUCGAACCAAAGCAUCUUGUGAAAUCUCCCGCCUGGAGGCCGAUGCACUCUGUUGCCAUGGGUGACGACCAAAGUGGUUAUCAGAAAGCUCGUGUUCAAGGCCAGUUUAGCCCUGUAGAGCUACAUACAGCUGAUGGCAAGACCGUGAUUACCGUUGAUCACGCAACAACUCGCGCGACAUACGCGAUUGACCCUGGAGACAUGUCGUACCCCAAGGAUAUGCGCAAUACUGACGUUGAGACUGUCUAUGCGCAACGCCUGAUGUACUGGGCUCAAAUGCAGAUGUUUCCAUCUCACAUCCAGCUCCAUCCCGCCUGCGUCCAGGCAGCCACGAACGCAUUGCUCUGGUGUCAAGCGGAUCGGGUGUUAUUCACUUCUUCGAAUGCACCAUUCUCUAAGGAAGCCAGUUCGGAGAUGCUCUCCCUUCUUCGAGAUAUAUCGAAAGAAGCACAAGAUCACAACAUCGGAAUCUCCCUGGAGACGUGGUACGUCGCUGCAGUACUCCGACAUACCACUCUGCAUCGUAUCAAGUACCACUACGGAAGAGUCGACGCGCAGAAGUACCGGGAGCGCGCUAGGAACAAUGAACUCCCGGAGAAUCUGCCAAUGAUAUCGAGCGUACCCGUUCGCAUGAUAUGGCACAUCCUGUCUUGGAUACUACUCACAUCCCCCUACGGAUAUCUCAGCAGAAUCGCGACAGUGGAUCGCACUCAAAUGGGCGAUGGUAUUAGUACGAUCAGAUGGGUCCGUUUAAUCUCAGCGUUAUGCCGCGAAUGGAACUCCAGCAAUCUUCUCUCAACAGUGCUGAUAUCAGCAACCGUGGCCGUCCUGGCGAUACCUGGUAUAAACGGUGUAGCUGCAGUGCUUGCAAUCCUGUCCAUCCUAUGCGCCAUCUUCUCCGUUUGCUCCGGGUUGUUCAUGCUCUGGAUUCACCAAUCACUUACGGAUACCGACAGCGUAUUUGCGCUUGUAUACUUUGCGAAGGCUAAGGCCCUCACUGGAUCGUCCCAUUUACUUGCCAUCGGGCUCUCUCUGCCUCUAGUAUCCACCCUCUAUGGCAUGCUGUUGUUUCUGGGCUCGAUUGCCUCAUAUUCCCUAGACUCCCAUCUUGCGCAUGACUUCGCCAUCGUCAUGCGCGUCGCGACCAUCGCAGUAUUGAUCGCGUUGCUCGUGCUUGCGUGCACGGUGAUACCUGUGUUCAGUGACAAGUUCAUUGAUCUUAUGCGGCUUCACCUACCAUCCAUAUCGCACGGUGCCGUCGUAGAUGCCGUUGAAGAAGAAGAAGGUUCUCAGAUCGUCAAUGGCGAUGCUCCGACCGCACUAUGGGUGUGA